AUGAAUCAUAGCAGUGCAGAAUGUUCGGAAGCAUUGGAUCCCAGAGUUCAGAUUGAAUUGGAACGCUUAAACACUGCUACGGACGAGAUCAACAGACUCGAGGUCGAGUUGGACGAAGCCCGCUUAGCAUUCCGAAGACUAUUGGCUGAGGGGCAUCUUCGCAUUCAGCAGCUGACCAAGAAACUAGGCACUAGUGUUCACAAAGCAAGACCAUAUUAUGAAGCAAGAUUUAGAGCUAAUAUUACAUCGCAAGAACUGCAAACGGCUACUCUCGCGUUCGACAAAGCCAACAGCGCUCACGCGGCCGCCAGGGAGAUGGUUUUCCUGGCAGAGCAGGGACUGGCACGACUGGCGGAAGGGUCGGAAGGUGGCGUUACCUUGGACCCUGCAUGGCAGGAGAUGCUUAACCAUGCCACCCAUAGGGUUAAUCAGGCGGAAGCUGAUCGCGCCAGUACAACGGUGACGCAACGCACCAAGGCGGCUGCACACCGCGCCGCUACGGCACUCGUUCAACAACUACAAAACGGCCUCAAGAGACACAUUACCAAGUCAAGGCCUUAUUUCGAAGAGAAAGCGCGAAUCAACACCGCGCUGGAGAAUCAGAAGGCGCGCAUCCAAUCACUGGAGGGGCAGGUGGCAGAAGCGAAGCAACAGUACUCCUCAGCAUUGAGGAACUUGGAGAGAAUCUCCGAUGAAAUACAUAGACACCGCUCGAGGAGACAAUCUACCAGAAACGACAUAGACAGAUCUACAAUAACGGACACGGCCAGCGACACUAACACGACGGCCAGCGAUAAGCUAGAAGAGUUGUGCGAACACAAUGCAGACGCGAACGUGCGAGAAUGGCUGCGGAGAACUGCGGACGCGAGACCACGGUGUCUGCCCGAUUCGGAUACCUGGACGGAAAUCGAUCUGGACUAUUCUAGUCCAGAAGAGGUGAGUUUCGAGAAAUGCUCGCUACGUCCUCGAUCGAGCCCCGACAAGUCUCCAAGCAGCCCCCCUUCAAGGGUAUCGGCAGCUUCCCCCAGACGCAUCAUACGCGGGGACCGGGGCGCAGCCCUACGCGCCGAGUUAGAAAGAGGCAGGCGGCAGAGUCUGGACGCUAUCCUCCACGACACCGGGGAGAAGGUCAAGGAGAUGUUCCAGGGUUUAUCGCUAUUCGGCGAGCGGCGCGGUUCCGCGUCGGCGCCGCGAUCUCCUCUCGCACGAGCCAGCCCUCUACCACCUGACACUUCCUCUACUUCCGAUGAGAGAUACUCUGACACUGACAGCCUGGCCAGUAUGGAAAUGCUUACUGACGAUCAGAUAGCUUCCCUCAUGUUAGACGCACAAUUGGAAGCGGUUUGCGAAAGGCUGGCAGGCGUCGCUGUACGGCAACCGAGGUCUCCACAAUCUCCUGAGGCGCGAUAUUGA